GUCACAGUAUCUCACUAUCAGUGCAGUUUUUACAAUCACUUUCAAAAAUGAUAUCGCGUUCAUGUUAUACACCAGGUCAGAUCAUUCCAAGACGUUUGUAGUCGUUGUAGAGUAAUUAUAAGGAGCGCUUAGUAUGAGCUGUGACCAUGAAGAGCGCGGGCAGCGCUUCAGGGUAACUGGACUCUGACCAAUAUCAUGAACUCUGAUGUAUGCACGAUUGACGACUUUUCUGAGCUUAAGGAUCUAGUUGAGAAGUCCCAUAAUGUUAAGGCAGAUGUAUCUGAUGAAAUCAAGAACUUACUUGCUAGAAGAAGUGAAAUAGAGCACAAAUUAAAAAAGAUAAACUCUCUAAUACCUGAUUUCCAUAAGUUACAAAUAAAUGCCGAAAAUUCUUCAAGAUUGGUGGGCUGUGCUUCAAAACUUGCUCUACAGCUCAGUGGGAAAGUGGAGCAAUUAGAUUUUGUGAAAAAUCAUGUUCUUAAUUGUGUAGAUAAACUUAGUCAUAUAAUUACUGUAAGAAACAGUGCAGUUGGAGUGAAACGAUGUCUCAUGGACUCUAAAUUAGAUGAAGCCGCUGGUUACGUGUUUACUUAUCUGGAAAUGGAGAGAGACAUAAUUUCUCUUAUCUCUCGUCUAUCAGCGGAUAAUCCUGAUAAUAACCCAUUGAAAACUCUGGAUGACAGUCGACAAAUUCUCGUAAAGAUGGCAAUUGGGAAAUUCGAUGAAUAUAUUUCGAAACGGGAUGAAAAGAAUAUAGUACAUUUGUUAAAGAUAUUUUUCUUAUUGGGCGAAACCAAUGAAGGAAUUCGACGAUUUUCUACAUAUCUUUGCUCAUACAUUUCAAAUAAAUGUGAAAUAUUGAUAACUACUUAUAAAUCAUCUUCAAAAUCAUCUGAAUUUGCAUCAGCUAAUCUAAUCACAGAAAUUUUAGAGUUUGUUGCGGAUACAUUGAAAAAUAAUUCAAUGUACGUCGAAACAUACUGUGGUCCAGGCAACAUAUUUGGGUUUGUAUCUUCUGUUCAUUGUGUCGUUGACCAAUACGUCAAGUGUGUAAUCGAGCGUUUCUAUAAUUAUCAUCAUCUUGAUGAACUUUGUUCAGUGCUCAAGAAAUUAAAUAGUAAUAGUUUAAACAGUAAAAGACAUGAUUCAUCAGCUCAGUCGAUCAAUAGAGAUAAAAUAUUGGAUUCAAACGAAUUAGGAUCAGAUCGCGUAUUGAUCAUUGAGCCUAUAAUUGUUGAAACAUUACAGAUCAUUACAUGUUCAGAACUUUAUUUGAGAUUUAUACAGAGGCGAAUUUCUGCUGAUAUCAAACAGUGCAAUCUUGCAGAAAAUGAUUUUAAAAAAAAAAGUAAUGAAAUUUCAAAGUUUUUUGAAAAUUCUCAUCUUGUUUGUCAAGUACAAGAUUUACUCAAUAAAUAUCUUAAUUUAGAACAAUAUUAUCUUUAUGUGACAAUGAUAAAGGCAUUAAAUUCAGAUGAAGUCGACUCAUCUAGUAAUAUAUGGUGUUUUAUUGACGAUGUGUUUUUCAUCACUAAGAAAAGUCUUGUUCGAUCUCUCUCAUCUGGUAAUGUGGAUACUAUUUGUGCUAUGGUGAAUCAUAGUUGUUCAAUGCUAAUUGAUCUUAUGGUAAAUGAUUUUCUGGGCAGCGUUAUUCGUACAGGGUUUCCUUCGGGUUGGGUACAAGAUGCAUACAGUUAUGUUCAGAAUAGUGUUGCUGUGGCUGGUUCACUUAGUUCUUCUUCAUCCAUUGUCAAUGUUCCAACAGUAUCAUCAUUUAAUAUGAUUGGACCUAAUGCACUUACACGAUAUCAUUUUCUAAUUACUCUUAAUAGUAUUGAAGCAUCUCAAAAAGAUUUAUUGUCUCUUGUUAAUCAUCUUGAAAGUGAAUUAAAUUUACUUUAUCAAAAUCAAGAAAUCAAUUCACAAAAACUUAAUAUGUGUAUCACGGAAUUAAAAGUUUCUAUCUCAGAUCAACUUCAAGCAUUACUUGAUUCUGCAUUCGAGUAUCUUUCAACUAGUGUUAUUCAAAGUCAAGUAAAAACUUUGUUAAAUGUUUUCAAAUCAUUGAAAUAUGAUUUAACUGAGGAGGAUCUAGAUGUUUUCGCUGCUAAUGAUCGAUGGAUUGAAUCAUGUAUAGCUCAUACAGAAGAUUUUCUCAAACCAUUUAGGUCUGUUCUGUCAACUGAGAAUAACGAUCGAUUUGUAUUAAUUCUCAUAAAUGAGAUUUUGCAUCAACUUGAUCAAUUUAUUCAAAGGAAAUCUUUCAGUAGAUUUGGAGCUAUUCAACUAGAAAAAGAAUAUCGUAAUUUGUUUGCAUAUUUGACAUCAAUAUCUUACAGCUCUUUGCGUGAUUAUUUUACGCGUAGUUUACAGAUUUGUAGACUUUUAAACUUGGAUCGAGUUGAAGAAGUACAUUAUUAUUGGAAUAGUUCUAAUUGGCGUCUUACUGCACAUGAAGUUAGAAGUAUUCUAUCUCUAAGACGUGAUUUUGCUGUAAAUGAAAUUCGUGCACUUAAACUACAAUGAUCUUACGUUUUGUCAGUUGUUCUCCUUUCUUUUUUUCUCUAAAUGUUUUCGUUUUGUUUUUCUAAUUUUUACAAUCUAAUAAAAUUUAUGGGAUAUCUCAACUGUUGUUACCAUAGAAUUGGUUAGUUUUUACAAAUUUACUAGAGUUGAAUUAGAGGUUUUCUUUUUUUGAGUCAUAAAUUCUUCAACUUUGACAAGAAAAUUGAUCAACUAUUCAUAUUAAUAUUAUUCAUGAAUUUAUGAUCAACACAAAUGGAAAAUUUAGAAUUACAUUAGUCGAUAAUAAUUGAAUUACAAUAAUUGUGAAUACGGUACAAAACAUUGACUGGUCAAACAAUGUCAAAUCGUUUCAUUCAAGUCAUAAGCGAACCAGUUAACGGAAUGUUAGUUUUAUUGAUCAAUAUAAAAGUGAUUUAUGCAUGAAACGACCUGAUGAUCUUUCGUAAUCCUACUGACAGUGAUGAUAUUAAUUAAGGCACGAAAAGCAAACACUCGAAUAAUUUCAUCUUUGUCAUACAACAGAAUUAGUUAACUACUUCUAGUGGAUUCUCUUUGUAUCCUUUCUUUCUCUUAGAUAUAUAUACAUAUAUAUAAUCGAAUAUAAGGAAAUUUCUAGAAAUACUAGAACAAGGUCAAUCGGGCCAGUUUAGCUACAGUGCUUCAUUUUUAUUCUGACCAUCAAAAAAAUGGAUUAUAGUAUAUGACAUUGCUAUGGUAAUUAUGACUGAUGUGUUUACGAAAGCUAAAGUGAUUUAAAAGUGUUUCAUAAAAUUGUAACUAACUUAUGUUUACCACAGCCCCCAAAUGCCCUGGUACGGCCGAGAGUGGGGAAAGUCCGCUCUCCUCGAAAUGCUCUCACAUGGCCACGCGUAUAUAGCCUCUGCCAGGGAAGUCCUACUCACUGCCUUCUCGUGGCGGGGGUGUUAUUUACAAAAAUGAGAGGACGAAAAGCAAAUGUCCGGCGCCUUAACCGGAUCCCAAACUGAUGGUGCACAUGGGCUCCAGUAUCCUGCGGGAACAAAUGGCGUAUGAACCAAUCGUUGGUCACUGGCUACCAUGGGACUGCAUCUCCUUACGAUGCUCCACUGCCUUGUGGGUCAGACCUCUAGGUCAACGGCUCGGG